AUGGCGGUGCGGGCAUUCCCUCCGUGGCCUUUGGAUGGCUGCCUGGAACCCGACAAAACCGCUCUGCUGGCCAUCGAUAUGCAAAUCGACUUUUGUGGCAAGGGGGGCUACGUUGACAGCAUGGGCUACGACAUCUCGAUGACGCGAGCCCCUAUCGAGCCCUUGAAGGUGGUGUUUCAAGCCCUCCGGCAGAAGGGCUAUCACAUCAUCCACACACGCGAAGGCCACAAGCCCUCGCUUGCUGACUGCCCCGACAACAAGCGAUGGCGCUCCCGGCAGAUUGGAGCUGGGAUUGGCGAUCCCGGGCCCUGCGGCCGCGUCCUCGUGCGGGGCGAGCCUGGCUGGAAUCUCAUUGAGGAGCUGCAACCCGCAGAGGGCGAAGAGGUGCUGGACAAGCCCGGCAAAGGUUCCUUCGUAGCAACCGACCUCCACCUCAUCCUUCAAAAGAAGAGGAUCAAGAAGCUGAUUUUCGCAGGCAUCACGACGGACGUGUGCCUGAGCACCACCAUGCGCGAAGCCAACGACCUUGGCUAUGACUGCCUGCUGCUCUCCGACUGCACAGCUGCGACAGAUUACGGAAACUACCUGGCAACGCUGAAGACCACACAAGCAUACGGAGGCGCUUUUGGCUCCGUAGCUUCGGCUGCAGACCUCUUGCGAGGCAUAGGCUUCGACUGUCCUGAGGCCCUGGAGAGGAACCUUGUGGAGGUGAACCUCGGCAACGGUAUCAAAGUCCGAAUGCCACAGCCCCCAAGUGGCCUUGGGAUGCCGAAGACUGUUUCUGACGUCAUCGUUGCUCCAAAGGCCUCCGUGUCGAAAGGAGCCGUUGCUGCCGACCCCUAUGCAUGGCCUUUUGACGGUUGCAUUCAGCCCGCCAAGACAGCACUCUUGGCCAUGAACUUCCAGCCAGACUUCCUGGCUGCCGAGGGCGGGAUGCCCUCUGCCGGGUACAAGAUCGACUCCGGGGUCCGGGUGCUGGAGACCUCUGCCAAAGUCCUGCGCCACAUGCGCGAUGCUGGCUUUCGCAUCGUGCAUGCGAGGCUUGGUUUUGCCCGGAACCUCUCUGACUGCCCCCAGCGCGGGAAGCGCUUCCCGGCGGGGGCCCAGGGUCCGCUGGGCCAAUGCCUCGUCCGGGGCGAGAAGGGCUGGGAGUUCCUACCGGAGUUCACCCCCCUCCCCGACGAGCUCGUGAUCGAGAAGUGUGGGCACGGCGCCUUUCACUUGACUUCGUUGGAGCUCGGCUUACAGUCCCUGGGGGUGACUCACCUUGUGGUGAUGGGGGUGCCGACCGACGUCUGCGUGCACACCACCCUGCGGCAGGCGAACGAUCGUGGCUUCGAGUGUUUGUUGCUCUCCGACUGCACAGGAACGACGGCCCAGGACACCCAGCUCUCUGCCCUAAAGCAGGUGAAGAUGCAACACGGCGUCUUCGGGGCCGUGGCGACGAGCGAGGCACUGCUGACGGCCGUCUCGCAGCUGGACACGGCCCAGCCUUCCAA